AUGGAGCCCCUCAUCGAAGAAACCUCCUCUCAGACAUCCGACAUGUCAUCCGAGCCCAGCAGCCCCAUGGUCGAGGACCUGCAGUGCCCAAUGUACUGGCCGGUCGGCUUCAAGAACACCUUCAAGCUCGUGCAGCGCAUCAUCACGGGCGAGGUGCAGAACGACGAGAUGGCCGCCCGCAGCCUGCACUCGCUGGUGCGCAAGCAGCUGAGCAACGCCGCCCGGGAGAACUACCGCGAGACGGCCGCCCUGCUGUGGCCCGAGACGGGCGAGCAGGCCAACUUUGAGCUGCUGGUCGAGACCGUCCUGCUGCGCCAGCUCGCCGAGGGCGCGGCAGACGACACCGUCGCGCGGGAGGAGCUGGCCGUGCUGGUGGAGAACUGGGCCGCGCUGCCUGGCAUCCAGGAGGAGACGGAGAGGUUCCUGAGGUACCUGCGGCCCAGGAUAUGGAAGGAUAUCCUGUGA